AUGACGAAACUUUGGUGGCAAGGCACUUGCGAUAUGAUGAUCUUUGACAUGCACGCAUUAGGAAUGAAUCAUGUGCGGAACUUUUUAAAGAAACCAGGCAAGGAGUUAACAUCAGUUACUGAGACUGAGAGGGUGGAAACUGAUACAAGUAUUCCGUCACGGCAAUUAGCACAAAUCGAUGGCGCAUGA